AUGAGUGGCAAGCGCGGACCCAGCAAGCGCAGCCAGCGAGCGGCCGCGGUGCGAGCUCACGCGUUGCGAGCUGACGAUACCAGUGCAUACACGCUGUCGGCGGACUACGAUGACGAAGGCGUCUGGUUUUAUCAGGCGUACAACGAAGGCAUCGCGGACUGGGCGGUGGAACACGGCACCCUCGGCGGCCCGCUCUUCAAUACGACGAGGAUGACUUGGAUCAAGCCUUCGUUUGCGUGGAUGCUCUAUAGAUGUGGCUACUCCGCAAAGCACGGCCAGGAGCGCGUGCUGAAGCUCAAGCUGCCACACAGCGAGGUGGCGUCGCUGCUCGAAGCGUGCGCCUGCACGCACGGUGGCGGCGGGAGCAAGGGCCGUGUUCAGUGGGACCCGGCGCGCGACAUCUACUCAAGCGAGGGAAAGGGCAAGUCCACGGAGCCUCGCAAGAUGCUUCGAGAGCGUGCCAUCCAGAUCGGCCUCUCGCGCGAGCUCUCCGAACGCUUCGCGCGCUCGAUCCUCGCGGUUGUCGACGUGAGUGCCCUCGCGCGUCGCGUCGGCGAUGCCCACCAAUCGAAGGACGUGCGCGCUGCAAUGGAGGUGUUGCGCGCACAACUACCGACGGAGCGACAGUACAUGCCGCGGUGCAUUGCGAAGGACCUUGUCCGGCUGCGCUUGAUGCAACCAGAGGAGCAGAAGCUCGCUCCUGGACCGAUCCAGGGCCCAGUGGUUCAAAGCUGA